UUUAUAAACAUAUUUUUAUUUAUAAGGAUAUGAGCUACAACGAACCGUUGUGGGAAAUUAACGGAAAUCAAGCACCUAUAAUAAGCAGCGAAAUGUCACAAUACAUCGGAAGUGAAAUGGCAUCAUACCCAAUGUGGGAUAGUUCAGUUCUUUACCAAACACCACCCCCAUCGUUAUCACAUGUCAACGAUCACGUCAAUGGAUUUUAUCGUCAACCCUGUGCUCUACUUCAUCAAAGCCGUUAUAGUCAUAAUGGACGUCUGCCUAAUCAACCGACGUCGACGACCAAAAAACCUCGUCGAAGGGUCGCUUCUGUUUCGCAGAGACGAGCCGCUAACAUACGCGAACGACGGAGAAUGUUUAACCUCAAUGAAGCGUUUGACAAAUUACGCAAAAAGGUACCAACGUUUGCAUACGAAAAAAGACUUUCAAGAAUCGAAACCUUACGUCUGGCUAUUACUUACAUUGCAUUUAUGGAUGAAUUACUCGGUAUUGAACCUACAAGCCCUAAAACUGAUUAUAUUCCUCGUGAAUACUAUUUACCAAAUUAAAAUAAUGUAAGUUCUUCAAAUUAUG